AUGGUUAUAACACGAGCAAUGGCCGCGGGAACUCGCCCAAAGGCCCAGCCUCUUCCACCUAAGCCUUCCAAGGCCGAAAAAGCCGCUAAAGCCGCUAGACUUAAAAGGGACAAGGAGGAAAAGAAGGCCGAGAGGGAGGCAGCGAAGCGGCUAAAAGAUGCGAACAAGGCCGCAGCGAAGCGGGUAAAAGAUGCAGAGAAGGCCGCAGCGAAGGCCGAAAAGGACGAAAUUAAGGCUGCAGCAAAUGCUGCAGCAAAGGCCGCGAAGGUUACCAAUACCAAAAACAGCAAGGGCACAAAGUGCGCAACCGCUGCGAAGGCCAAAGUCAUCAAAGUCACCAAAACCAUCAAAACUACUAAGAAGGCGAAGGCCACAAAAGGCAGGGUUAUCGCAGCUACCGUGAAAGCUUCAGCAAAUCAAUAUGAUGAAGACGAGGACGAAGAGGACGAAGAUGAAGAAAGCGAGGAAGAUCACUAUGAAACACAACCCAAAAGGCGCAAGCUCGAGACUGUGACUCCUCCCAAUCUUUAUGUGGAAAUGGGCCCCCCCAAAGAAAAGCGUCCAGCUUUACGAAUUGGGGAAUGGGAGUACAUGAGGAAAGCUGAUGUCCCAGCAGGCGUGGAGAACGAAGACAACAGACCUCUACCUCACAUCUAUAUUGGAGGCACUGCACCGCAGCCUCGUUGGGUGAUCACCCAGAGCGAAAGCAUAAAGGCCCCCAGGAGGAUUGGUAGCACAAGUAACUUUGGAGACUUACAAUGGACCUUCGAAGAAGGCGACUUCAAGAAAUGGACCGGGCUGGAAUACCCAGCUCUUUACGAACUUGCGUACUUGUGCCUCGAACAUACGCUCACUGAUACGGAGAUUCGAGAGCAGAUCUACGAAUCCCUAGCUGAGGGCCCCUUGCCAACGACUGUGACUGUCGGGGGCCAAUGGCACCCAGCUCUGCCGCCAAUCCCCAUCACAAGGCACUUUGCGACAGGAUCAUCCCAGCAAACUAGUCGAAAGUCAAGUGAUGCGGCCUUCUACUUCCGGGACUAUGAACGUCCAAACAUGGCAGUCCGAGCACGCGGUGAUCACAUGGCGCAGCCCUAUCCGCACGCCUUGGAUAGCAACAUCUCUAAUCGACCGAGAUUGGAGGAAUGGCCGACUGCCUCGCGCUCUGCAAGUCCGGACCCGGAGAGCGAACGGGGCAGCGAGCAGGGCAGCGAAGAAAGCCAGUCAGACGAGUCCACAAAGUCCUCUGUGUCAGAAGAGGCUCACCUGGAACAAAAUACAGAGGCCACCUUGGAAUCUACAGUCACCAUAUCUCUUGGGAACGAGCGGAACAGCAAGAAAGACAGCGAGCAGGACAGCGAGCAUGACAGCGAAGAAAGUCAGUCAGUCGAUUCCAGGAGGUCGUCGGUGACCGGGGGGUCUGACCUGGAACUAAAUCCAGAGGGCACGUAUUCGGAACCGACAACCCCUCCGCCUCUUGGGAACGAUGGGAAAACUGCACAGAUUGACUCGAUCUCGGAAGAAGGUUCAAUCUUUGGCGAUGCCGAUGACGUUCAUGUUGAGCCCAACUUAGCUCGAGACUCUCGAGAACAAUCACCUAAUAGCCUUUUCUCUGGCUCUGGCUCUGGCUCUGGCAGCGAGGUCAGCGCUUCUUCCAAGACCAGUGAGCCUAGCAAGUUCAACGCCGCUGACGAUAAUAGCGCCCAAUCGACGGAUAGCCUGUCCCCAGUAUCCCACGAUGGGCUCUUUAGCCCUGAGCAGAUCGAGAGGUAUUAUAAAAAGAAGCAAAAGGAUUUUGAAAGAUUAGGCGGGGUCGAACAUCACGAAGUGUCAGAACGAACGCGCCAAGCACAGCCAUCACCAAGUCCCUUUCGGGAGGCGCUAGAGGCAUUGGAAGACGGACAGAAAGAGUUGGAGAUAGAAGAACUCGAAACGAGAGGGGUUACAGAGCCAAGUAAACGAAUGCGGAUGGAGUCUCCAUCAACACCAUCACCACCUGCGGCUAGAAGGAAGACAGCGGCUGAGAUCAUGGUGGAAAAAGUCAUGUCAUUCGCACGAGCAGGACGAGAAAAACGGGACGAAAUGCGAGCAGCUGCAGCGGAGAAAAUAUCAGACAAACCGCCGGUGGCACUGUUGAAAAAGACUACAGGAAACCGGCCGGGUGCAAGAUCACAGGCGGAUGCACCCAGUCCUGAGAUUCCGCCUAAUCUGCAAGAUGCGUUCUUGGAACAGAUCAAGGCAUAUCUCAAGGAUCCAUUUCAGAGGGCGAGACAUUUCCCUGACCCUCUUGCUGUUCGCCGAACCAGAGUGUGGGCAGGGGAGGAAUUGGUGGACCAUAAGAUCAAAUCCACAGUCGACGCUGCGCUACCACCUUCGGCUGAAAGGCAUCGGCCUUUUAGCCAAUGGCAGGAUCCAGUAAGUGCCUCAUUUAUUGAGCUUUUUGAUAAUCAUGCUGAUCAUGCUCGAUUAGACUGGAAUAACACCUGCACCUGCACCGUGCACCAAGGUCUCGAGAUCGAAAAGACGGAGCAAGGGGCAAGGCAAGAGAAGGCCAAGACCAGCAUCUGCAAAAGAGCAACUCUCAAGAUGUUCACUUUCACUCCCCUCCUUGGCGCUCAGUCGUCAUCUUCGAGGGCAUCGCAGUCUAUCCUGGAACUUGAUGGAGGCAUCAAGAUCCUAGUGGAUGUUGGCUGGGAUGAUACGUUUAAUACCCUUGAUUUAGCGGAACUUGAGAAGCAUAUUCCUACACUUUCUCUCAUUCUCUUGACACACGCGACGCCUGCCCAUAUUGGCGCUCUAGUCCAUUGCUGCCGAACAUUCCCCCUCUUCACGCAAAUCCCAAUCUAUGCAACGAAUCCCGUCAUCGCUUUCGGCCGUACGCUCCUACAAGACCUCUACGCCUCCGCUCCGCUUGCUGCCACAUUUCUACCGAAGGCUUCUGUUUCAGAGCCGGGAGCAUCGUCAGCAGGAUCUGCGACUGUGUCAGGCGGAGAUGCCGAAGCCGCUGGCAGCACAAGCCGAAUCCUGCUUCAAUCGCCAACAGCGGAGGAAAUUUCUCGAUACUUCUCUCUCAUUCAACCACUCAAAUAUUCCCAACCGCACCAACCUCUCCCAUCGCCUUUCUCCCCGCCAUUGAACGGGCUUACUCUCACGGCCUACAAUGCCGGUCACACCGUCGGUGGAACGAUAUGGCAUAUUCAGCAUGGGUUGGAAUCUAUUGUCUAUGCAAUGGAUUGGAACCAAGCUCGUGAGAGCGUAGUCGCGGGCGCUGCCUGGUUCGGUGGCUCUGGUGCCAGUGGAACCGAAGUUAUUGAACAGUUGCGGAAACCCACAGCCUUGAUUUGCAGUACAACAGGAGGCGAUAAGCUGGCACCUUCGGGGGGUCGGAAAAAGCGAGAUGAUCUCCUUCUCGACAUGAUCCGAAGUAGCCUUGCAAAAGGUGGAACAGUUCUCAUCCCAACAGACACAAGUGCGCGAGUUCUUGAGCUAGCCUACUCACUAGAACAUUCUUGGCGCGAUGCCGCGAAUGGCGACAAAGAGGAUGUUCUUCAAGGAGCCGGAUUGUAUCUGGCUGGCAAGAAGGUUACCAACACUAUCCGACUCGCCCGAAGCAUGCUGGAGUGGAUGGACGAGAACAUUGUCCGUGAAUUUGAAGCGGCGGAAAGCACGGAUGUCACAAACGGGCAAAGGACAGGUGCACAGGAAAAGAGUUCUAACAAGGGUGGGGGCCCAUUCACCUUCAAACAUCUCAAGAUUAUUGAGCGCAAGAAGCGACUCGAGAAGCUCCUAGCAGAACCCGGACCUAAAGUAAUUCUCGCCUCUGAUACAUCAAUGGACUGGGGCUUCUCAAAGGAUGCGCUUCGACAAGUGGCCGAAGGACCGAACAAUCUGCUGUUGCUCACAGAGUCCUUCCACAAGGACAUGAAGGCCCAAGAAUCGAAACCAUCACAAAAUUCGGCCACAAUUGGAAGCAUGAUUUGGCAGUGGUACGAGGAAAGAAGAGAUGGUGUGGCUCUAGAGAAAGGAUCGGAUGGCGAACACAUCGAACAAGUCCACAGCGGUGGACGAGAAUUGUCUUGGACAGAUGUGCAGCGAGCCCCUCUUGAUACCGGGGAGCAGUUAAUAUACCAGCAGUAUCUCGCGACCAAGCGCCAACUUCAGGACACCUCUCAAACACUUGGCCAAGAAGCUCUUGAAACCGCCGCGGAUGCACUCGAUGACGGAUCGAGCUCUACCUCUUCCGAAGACUCGGAUCCUGAACAGCAGGGUCGCGCGCUGAACUUUUCAGCGUCACUUGCACAUGCUACUCGAAGCAAACUUGCCGUCAGCGACGAAGACCUGGGCAUCAACAUUCUUCUUCGUCGAAAGAACGUUUUUGAUUACGACGUGCGUGGCAAGAAGGGCCGCGAGCGCAUGUUCCCUUACGUGGCACCAAGAAAGAAGGGAGAUGAAUAUGGAGAAUUUAUUCGCCCAGAGGAGUAUCUUCGAGCCGAAGAACGCGAAGAGAUUGAUAUGCAACAACGGCGCACCGAUGCCGAGACUAAACUGGGACAAAAGCGACGAUGGGAUGAGACCGCCGGCCCUAAUGGACGCAAGCUGUCUGGCGGCGCAGCAGGACGGAAGCGUCCUCACAUUGAUGGCAAGAAGAUUGAAGAUGAUGAUCUCAGCCUUGCCUCCGAUGGUGAAGACGCCGAUAUAGCUGCGGAGUCCGAAGACGAAGCAGAAGGCCAGUCAUUCGAAGGUCCUGCGAAGGUUGUUUACCAUACUCAGACCAUUACUAUCAACGCCAGGAUUGCGUUUAUCGACUUCAUGGGCUUGCACGACAAGCGCAGUUUGGAGAUGUUAAUCCCACUGAUCCAACCUCAAAAAUUGAUCCUGGUUGGUGGCAUGAAGGAAGAAACCUCAGCAUUAGCAGCCGAAUGCCAGAAACUGCUGACAGUCAAGGUCGGCGCUACGGUUUCUGACCCUGCGUUUGACUCGGCUGCCAUUAUCUUCACUCCGACAAACGGCGAAGUCAUCGAUGCAAGUGUCGAUACAAAUGCCUGGAUGGUCAAGCUGAGCAACACGCUCGUUCGACGCUUGAAUUGGCAGCACGUCCGCAGCCUCGGCGUCGUUGCUCUCACGGCACAGUUGCGAGGACCAGAGCCUGCCGACAUCGGGGAAAUAGAAACAUCGGGCAAGAAGGUCAAGCAGUUGAAAGACGAGGCAGCAUCUUCCGCUGUUGCCCCGACAUUAGAACAACCUGACACCAAAAUAAUCGACAAGGUGGAGGUAUAUCCUUUACUCGACACUCUCCCAGCUAGCAUGGCUGCAGGAACCAGGUCUAUGGCGCGCCCUCUUCAUGUCGGUGACUUGCGAUUAGCUGAUCUUCGCAAGCUGAUGCAAUCCGCUGGUCACUCUGCCGAAUUCCGAGGCGAGGGAACACUUCUCAUUGACAAGUCCGUAGCUGUGCGCAAAUCUGGAACGGGCAAGAUCGAGGUUGAAGCAACGGCGCAGUCUUCACUGGCUCGGCCAGGUGGCCGUGGAAUAGGGAGCUUCCUUGCUGUUAAAAGGAAAAUUUACGAGGGCCUGGCUGUUGUUGCAGGCAGCUAA